AUGUUUAUACUGGCGCCACUAUUUGCAACGGUAUUUGCAAACGGACAGACGGACAGACGAACUGAUAGGACGGACAGGACGGAAAUGCGAACGAUAUGUUUGUAUGUACAUGGUGAAGAUUUUUCACACGAAACAGAUUCGAUUCACAAAGGCUACAACUCUAACAGCUGUAUCAAAAGAUGGCGCACUAAAAUUCGGGCCCUCCAACAAUCGACCGACGACCUCUCGGCCCGUCUGGCCUCUCUGGAGGCCCUCCGAACCCAAUGGAGGCCCCCGAACGCCCUGACGGACAAUCCGGUGACCGUUCGGGAGGCCCUGGACGCCCUGAAGGCCGGUGGGGCCCUUGGGGAAAGAUUGGCGGGCGUUCAGAGGGCCGUCGAUGAUGUUAAUGAGCUGCAGCAGGCCCUUGCUGCACAGGGGAUCACUUUGGGCCAGCAUCAGUUGGCCCGGUUGGAGGAUCUUAAUACCAGAUGGAAAUUGCUGCAAAUUGCAGUCGAUGAGAGGUACAAGCAAUUCUGCGAGUUCGGCAAAGAAGGCGGCGUGACGUCACAAGGGUUCCUGACGGGUUCCGUAGAGGCACCUUGGGAGAGGGCCAUCACUCCGAGCAAAGUGCCUUAUUAUAUCAACCAUCAAUUGGAAACGACGCAUUGGGAUCACCCCAAGAUGAUAGAUUUGAUGAACUCUUUGGCCGAUUUGAACGAGGUUCGAUUUUCGGCCUACAGGACGGCCAUGAAGCUGAGGACCGUACAGAAAAAACUAGGAAUGAACAUGUUGAGUCUCUCUAGUGCCCUAGAAGCUUUCGACAAUCACGGAUUAAGGGCCCAAAAUGAUAAAUUGAUCGAUAUCCCUGAUAUGGUGACCGUCUUAACAUCCUUAUACGAAAUCAUAGCCAAUGAGAACCCGAAGGCCCAAAUCAACGUCCCACUAUGUCUCGAUUUGGCCAUAAAUUGGCUGUUGAAUGUUUACGAUAGUCAACGAACUGGCCAAAUCAGAGUUUUGAGCUUUAAAGUCGGUUUGGUAUUACUUUGCAAAGGUCAUCUCGAAGAAAAGUAUAAGUAUCUUUUCCGGUUAAUAGCCGAUCCUAAUCGUUUGGUCGAUCAAAGGAAGUUAGGAUUGCUUUUGCACGAUUGCAUUCAGGUGCCGAGACAGCUGGGUGAAGUUGCAGCUUUCGGAGGUUCAAAUAUUGAACCGAGCGUUAGAAGCUGCUUUGAGAAGGCCGGAAAGGAUUUAACAGCGAUCGAAGCAAUGCACUUUUUGAGUUGGCUCCAGCAGGAGCCCCAGAGCAUGGUUUGGCUGCCGGUGCUGCACAGAUUAGCUGCUGCCGAGGCAGCUAAACAUCAAGCCAAAUGUAAUAUUUGUAAGGAGUAUCCGAUCGUUGGUUUCAGAUAUCGUUGUCUGAAAUGCUUCAACUUCGACAUGUGCCAAACCUGUUUCUUCUCAGGACGAAAAGCCAAAAACCACAAACUGACACAUCCGAUGCAGGAAUACUGCACCACGACAACCUCCGGUGAAGACGUUCGUGACUUCACAAGAGCUCUCCGUAACAAAUUCAAAUCCAAGAGAUACUUCAAGAAGCACCCCCGAGUUGGCUAUCUACCAGUCCAGACUGUUUUGGAAGGCGACGCCCUGGAAAGUCCAGCGCCGUCACCACAGAGGUCAGCACUCGCUCCCGAUAUGCAUUCCAGGUUGGAGAUGUAUGCAACCAGGUUGGCCGAGGUUGAACUGAGGACUAGGAGCAAUUCUACACCGGAUUCUGAUGAUGAGCACCAACUGAUUGCCCAAUACUGCCAGUCUCUAACCGGUCCCAACGACUCCAAUAACACGAACUCCAAUUCGGCGCCCAGAAGUCCGGUUCAAUUGAUGGCGGCCAUGGACGCCGAACAAAGGGAAGAAUUGGCAAUGAUUAGAGAGCUGGAGGACGAAAAUAAGGCGCUUCAAGCCGAGUAUGAACGAUUAAAAAAGGACGGCGGUGAUAAAAACGAGAGGGGGGAUAGACAUGAUGGUGAUGAGAGGGAUGGCGGAGGGGUUAAUGGAAAUGGUGGAGCAGGUAAUAGCGAUACUCUGACGAGAUCUGGUAACAGCGAUCAGGAUAUGGUGGCCGAAGCGAGGCUGCUGAGACAGCACAAAGGGAGACUCGAGGCCAGGAUGCAGAUUUUGGAGGAUCACAAUCGACAGUUGGAGGCACAGUUGCAGAGAUUGAGACAACUUUUAGAUGAGCCAAAUGCAGCUUCUCCGUCUAAAACUGGAACUUUGCAAACGAGAUCAGUGACGGCUUCACAAUUGGCAACGGAUUCACCGGCUAAGAUGCAGAAUGGACUUUAUCAUGAGUCGAGUAAGUUAACUAAAACAUAA